GAGAAAGUCGGAAAGUUUCGGGAGCGCUGCUGAUUCUUCCGGGACCCGCUUCGGGAGUUCCGCGCAGCAACCGGAUAACACACCUGGAGAAACCGCAGCCUCCGCAGACUGCUUACGAGGCAGCAUCCGAAGAGGGUUGCGCGGAGUCCUCCCCACCGCGCUCGGUGCCUCUCUUUGGCCGGCCAGCAACUUUGCCAGUCCGCUGGGUUCGUAAACCUCGGAAGGCCAGCAGUCACGUCGGGGCUCAUUGGUGGAGGGCGCGAAGAAAUCGGCAGCUUUCCUGAAACAUGGCCACCGGGGGCUACCGGGGCAGCGGCGCCGCCACGACCGAUUUCUUGGAGGAGUGGAAAGCUAAGCGGGAGAAGAUGCGGGCGAAGCAGGCACCGCCGGCGGGGUUGGGCGAUGGCAAAGCUACCACCAAUCCGGCCGGCGGCGGCGGCGGCACCGCCACCACCGCCGAGCUCAAUAACAACAAUGGCAGCAGCGGCAUGAAUUGCAUUCCUCUGGCCAGAAACGCUCCGAAGGAGUCCCAGCCGCCAGCCGGAACCAGAACAGGAGGCGCGGAGCCCCCGGGGAGCAAAACCAGCGUGGCGCCAACUUCCCCCGAGGAAGAGAAAGUGGCCACGAAGGGCAAAGGCUCGUCCGGCCCCAGCGCCCGGAAAGGAAAAGGGCAGAUCGAGAAAAGGAAGCUGAGGGAAAAGAGGCGCUCGACAGGUGUAGUUAACAUCCCGGCGACCGAGAGCUUGGAUGAAUAUGAUGAUGAUGAAGCAGGACAAAAAGAACGUAAAAGAGAAGAUGCAAUCACACAACAAAAUACAAUACAAAAUGAAUCUGCUGUUGUGGAUCCAAAUGCCUCAUACAUAUUACAGGACACAUCUAGGACAAUUGCAAACAGAUACAAAAGCACAAUGCCAGACGAUGAAGUUUCUAAUCGAUGUUCACGUACGGACAGGACAGGAUACAGCAGAUACAACAGGGAUGCAAAUUCUUCUGGAAACUUUGUAUCAACUAUUUCUUUGGAAAAGAAGAUAGAAGAUCUUGAGAAGGAUCUAGCAAAGGAGCGACAAGAAAACCUGAGGCUUGUGAGGAUAGCCCAAGACAAAGAAGAGUUGAUUGGGAAAUUGAAGGAGGAAAUUGAUUUAUUAAAUAGGGAUCUAGAUGAUAUAGAAGAUGAAAAUGAGCAAUUAAAGCAGGAAAAUAAGACACUGUUAAAAGUUGUUGGACAGCUGACAAAGUAGAAGAUAGAAGCUGCCAAAGUAGAAGAUGGAAGCCUCGGUGAGGAAGGAAAUAUGAAAACUACUGAUACAAAUUUUUAAGAGUCAAGAUUAGGAUAUUUCCUUUGUGGCAAUAUGUCAAAACAGCUGUCUUUAUAUUUAUUAUUAAGGGGCAGGGAGAAAUGAUGAAUGUUUUACAUAAUGCUGUUACUUCUAAACUCAUUCCCUUGAAUUUCCCAGAGUGAUUCAAAUAAUGCUCAUUAACAUGCAGUAUGUCUUUCUAUGUAUAUGACCCAGUUACACUUUUUAAAAAAAUCCUGAUGUCCAAGUUCACAUUUGGUCUAUAUGGAGAUUACUUGUAGGGGAGGGGCUUUUCCCCUCUCUGUGAAUAGAAGAAAUAGGAAUCAAAUUUGUUUACACAGGGUUAAAGUUAAGUAUUUUGGGAGAUAUUUGUUCUUUGUUUGAACAGCUGUAAAGUGCAGGUGCAUUACUAAUAUAAAACAUUUUACAGAGGGUUACUUACUCUGCAAAAAUCUUGUAUGUUGUGAUUUUAUUUUAUACUUUAUCUGAAAUACUGACAGUAAUAGAUAGUAUUUUUCCUGUAUAGAUGCUGUUUGACAAAAAUGUUUUAUAAAUCAUAAAUAAAUCACCAAUAAUUAUCACGAUUAAUAAAUAGUUUUUAGAAAAAUGCCUAUGCUGCAUACUAUCACACAGAGCUUAUGUUUCCACAGGAAAAAGAAUUCAGAGGGUGCAAUAUUUUGCAAUUUAUAAAUUCUGUGAACUACUUCAAACAUUACAGUCAUGGUUUCUGGAAUAAGGAGAGUCUUUCUUGUUUUAUGUAUAAGUUGCAGUUUUCUGAACUAGAUACAGUGGGAAAUGGUUUCAUAAACCAUAUAAUCUUUGCAUUAGGGGUGGGGGGUGGGAAAAUAAUAGUGUUUGUUCUUGGCCAAAUGAGUAUGGACUGAAACUGUUUAUCUGAACCAUGUCUAUAUGAAUGGACCUGCAUUCAAGAUACAUACAUCAGCUUAGCAUCAAAAUAACUCAAGUAUGAUGCGUUCAGUUUGCAACAAUGCGAGCAUUUAUAUAAAACUGAUCUACCAAGAGCUUAUGUGAUUCAUAAUGGUUUUUGAAUUGUGAUAAAAGUUUUAUUUGAUAUAGUUUACAAAGGAAGGUUAUGAUUGUUCACCCCUCUAAAAGUAUUAUAGAGAACACCUAGAAUAACACUAAUGCUUGUUAAAAUAAAGUAUGUUGCAUGUUCUGUUGUA